CGAGAUUACUUUCUCGAUUGAAUCAACCAGAUCAACCAGCCAGAUCAACCAGGCACAAGAGGCCCCAAGCAUCUCCACAAGAAUAGUCGACCACUGCUUCUUCUCUUUCAGAUCUAUAUUUCACCAUCCAUGAGUGAUAUCUCUUCCUCAGCUUCCACCUUGGCUGUCGUGCCCACACCCAAGCAGGCCACUUUGCUCCAGUGUAUGCUGGCAGGUGCAAUGGCUGGUACGGCCAUUGACACUGCGCUGUUUCCUUUGGACACACUAAAGACUCGCCUCCAGUCAAAGGCAGGGUUCGCCGCUUCAGGAGGAUUCAGAGGAGUUUACUCAGGGCUGACCAGCGCCGUCAUUGGAAGUGCCCCUGGAGCCUCAAUGUUUUUUGUCACCUACGAGGGUCUCAAGACGACCUUAUCCGCAAUGAUGCCCGAUCCGCAAUACGCUCCUGCCGUUCAUAUGAUGUCUGCCUCUGGAGGCGAGAUUGCUGCCUGCUUCGUCCGGGUUCCCACAGAAGUCAUUAAGCAGAGGAUGCAGACCAAGCAGUUUACCACUACGACUGGCGCUCUAAAGUCGGUGAUCCAGAAUGAGGGCGUUUUGGGAUUCUACCGCGGAUACUUUAGCACAGUCGCACGCGAGAUCCCCUUCACGUGCAUUCAGUUCCCCCUGUACGAGUAUAUGAAAAAGACAUACGCUUUGACGACACAUCGAUCCAAGGUUGACCCUUGGGAGGCAGCUAUCUGUGGGUCAAUUGCAGGAGGCAUUGCUGCAGGACUCACAACACCCUUGGAUGUUGUCAAGACGCGUGUGAUGCUCAGUCAAAGAAAUCCAACUGGUGGCCAGUCUUCUGCAUACUACUCUGGUAUCAUCUCGACUCUCAGGCGCAUCCUGGCUGAGGAGGGUCCAAGGGCUCUCUUUUCCGGCAUCGGACCUCGCGUCAUGUGGCUCUCGAUCGGCGGAAGCAUUUUCUUGGGUGUUUAUGAAAAGGCCAUGGCGCUUGCCUUGCUCGGGCAAUGAAAGCUAGGAUGGAGCUGUAGAACACGAUAGAGCUGAAGAGAGAAGGCUUGUACAUGAUCCGUUUUCUUUCAUUUACAAACUGUACUAUAGAAAUAUAACAUAUUAGAUGAGUUUGAUGGACAUUGCUGAAGUUGGCAGAAACUAUUAUAUUU